UGGGGGAAGGCAGGAAAAAUCCCGGUCCUUUCCCACAGAGCCUCAGCCAGUGAUGCUGCUUCCGGACGAGGAGGGCAGCCUGAAGCCCGAAGCAAAGCCAGCUGCAAGGCCACCGUCCCUCCAGCCUCCUUGCAGCUCCCCAACAGUCCAGGCCCUCUGCCUCCAGGACCGGAGGUGUCCCCAAGGAAACUCAGACCCAGGAUCUUUCCCCCCAGCCUCCUGGCCCCGGUGCCCUGCGGCCUGGGGGACGGGACACAAAGCUGUUUCCCAAGUCUCCUUUCUCCUCCAACGCGCUCUUCUCCCCACCAGGCAUCUGCGGGUCCUGAUGUCAGUCACGGCCAGCAUGGAGUCCCGGCCCCCCAGCGGGGUCACUGCAGGGCCUGCCAGUGACCCUGGAGAGAUCCACAACUGGACUGACCUGUUCUACUUCUUCAACCACAGUCUGCCCGAGUGCCACGUGGAGCUCAGCGAGAGCACCAAGCGCGUGGCCCUCUUUGUCCUCUACCUGGCCAUCUUCGUGGUCGGGCUGGUGGAGAACCUCCUGGUGAUCUGCGUCAACUGGCGCAGCUCGGGCCGGGCGGGGCUGCUGAGACUCUACGUCCUCAACAUGGCCGUGGCGGACCUGGGCAUCGUCCUGUCUCUGCCCGUGUGGAUGCUGGAGGUCACGCUGGACUACACCUGGCUCUGGGGAAGCUUCUUCUGCCGCUUCACCCACUACUUCUACUUUGCCAACAUGUACAGCAGCAUCUUCUUCCUGGUGUGCCUCAGCAUCGACCGCUACGUCACCCUCGCCAGCGCCUCUCCCUCCUGGCAGCGCCACCAGCACCGCGUGCGGCGGGCGGUGUGUGCGGGCGUCUGGGUGCUCGCGGCCAUCAUUCCGCUGCCCGAGGUGGUCCACAUUCAGCUGGUCGAGAGCUUCGAGCCCAUGUGCCUCUUCCUGGCACCUUUUGAAACCUACAGCACGUGGGCCAUGGCGGUGACCCUGUCCACCACCAUCCUGGGCUUCCUGCUGCCCUUCCCUCUCAUCACGGUCUUCAAUGUGCUGACGGCCUGGCGGCUUAAGCGGGCAGGACGGCCUGAGAGCCGGCGCCACUGCCUGCUGGUGUGCGCCUACAUAGGCGUCUUUGUGGUCUGCUGGCUGCCCUACCAUGUGAACCUGCUGCUGCUCUCACUGCACGGGACCCACAUCCACCUCCACUGCUACCUGACCCACCUGCUCUACUUCUUCUAUGACGUCAUCGACUGCUUCUCCAUGCUCCACUGCGUCCUCAACCCCAUCCUUUACAACUUCCUCAGCCCGACCUUCCGGGACCGGCUGCUGAGUGCUGUGGUCCAUUACCUUCCCAAGGCCCAGCCCGGGGCGAGCAGACGUGCCUCGUCUUCCUCCUCCUCCACGCAGCAUUCCAUCAUCAUCACCAAGGAGGGCACCGAGCCCACUGCAGCGGGCCCCCACCACCCCAGCCUGCACUCCCAGGCACCAAAUCCCUCACCCGUCUCCGCUCCUGGGUCUCUUACAGCCAGCUGAGGUGGGGUUCGCUCUCCUCCCUCAUGAAGUAGAAAGCUGGAGGUGGAGGUGAGAGAUUGGGGGGCGGGGGGGGGGCAGGGAAAAGGGUCAAAGCACUCAUGGUCGACUUGGAGUCUAUCUUACACCUUGAGGUGGGGAGAGGGAAAAGGGGUAGAGAGGGAUAAAGAAUGGGUCCUUGGUGUGGUCCUAUGUGUCUCAGUCCUUGUGUCUAAGACAGACGCACAGGAAAAAGGGUGAAAUAAAUAAUAGACAGCCAUGAUUCGAUCUCUAAAAGUCUGCACUUGCCGCUGAGUGGGGAAGGAGCUAAGGCUAAACGGCUGCUCGGCAGAACGGACACGCAUUGCAGAACCGCCCUGGCCGGAAGCGUGAGCUCUGCAGGAACCUCUCAAAGCUUUCCUCUGCAUGUGUGCGCUCGCUGCUCUCCCAGCGCACCCCGCACCGUGCACCGCGCAGGCUGUGGGGACAAGAGGCCAGAGGCCACGGAACCAGAAGGUCUCAGCAGGACGUUUCCGGCAGCGCACCCUCAGUGCUGUGAUAGUGGAGGGAGUGGGGAGGCGGGCGGGGUGAGGCCGAGGUCUGCACAGGCACCCGCAGCUGGGCUGGCAGGAUGGCCCUCCACCCCUUCCGCCAUCCAGGAAGUUCUCCAUUUCCUAGCUGACACUCUCCCCUGGCUGGUCCAUCCUGUGCCCACCCCCACCCCCACCCCCA